UGUACUGCUCUCUCUCAACUCAGUUGUUUUCCAGACGUUGAGGAGAUUAGACGGUUCGCGCUGCGCGAAGUCGCAUGCAACAUUCACGCCCAUUACCGGGGAGUUAGAAAGCAAAGUAGAGGUUAUUUACGACGGGGAAGUGAGUGAAUAUCAUUCCAGGGUAGAAUCGAGAAGCUUUUAGUAAGAGAAUCAAUCGCCCACGAUGCGGUAGACGCGAAAAAACGAGAGAGAAAAGUGGUGUACGUAUAUAUAAUAAUUUGACCCAAAUCCGAGAGACGUUCCACUGAAAGAAAUGAUGGUAUCCAGAAUGCUAAACAUUUGCCGCCUCCUGGUCCUGUUGGGCAUCGUGGUAGUGCUGUCUGAUGCCCAACAGGGGGAGGGGGGAGUAGGGGGCGAAUUCAGCACCAAGAAGAGCGUGUCACCGACGCCCAGGGCGGGCUUGGGCGACGGCAACCCAAAGGAGAAGUUAAUUAAGCUCGAAAAAGCAGAGGAGAAGUUGGACAAGGAGAUCUCCGCGCACGAAGCCGCCCUUAGAGGAGCCGGGGGGGCGAACGCCACCAAAGUCCUCCCGCAGAAGGAAGGCUUUAAGAAGAGCAAGAAUACGAACAAGGAGGUGGAGGCGCUCUGCAACAAUGCUCUGCAGGUGGACUUCAACAGCCCCGGCUCUGUGACGCUUUGCACCUGCGGAGUCGAUGAGGUUCACGCCCCCAACGGGUCCUGCACCCGCUACGCCCACGGGACGGUCGUCCUUGCAGAGAAGAACGUCAUCUUCAGGGAGGAGACUCCAGUGUCCAACUUCCGCGUUAGAGUCCAAGACCUGGACUGCUCCAACAAUGUCACACACAGGCAGAUGGUCUUCCCGAAAGGCACCUUCUACCUGAGGAACCGGGGCGACAUCGUCCUAACCGAAGGAGCCGCUCACCUGGUAGGCCUUCGCAUUAAUGACUACUGUAUCGACCACUUCUUGGACGAGGAAGGCAGCCUGUCAUGGAGAAUGAAGGCCUGCAUCCCUCAUCCAGUUGUUCCGAGAUGCUGUCCGCCCGAUCAAGUGUUCAGGAAUGGUACGUGUCAGACUGGGCCAUCUCCUCCUCACUUGUACCCACCAAUCAAGGCAGACCCAAGAGGUGGGGAGCCUAUCACCUGGCCAGUCAUUAGGAAUCAGAUUCAUAGUCCCACGUGUGGCAACGGGCAGGUCAUGAGGACUGUCGCUCUAGAUAUUAACGGGUCAUACCUGUUGGCACUCGCUAACGGGUUGGCUUACCGAUGGUACACACACGUACGCAAUGGGAAGUCCGAGUUUCACUUCUGUCCGGACUUCUGCAUCGACGGGAUACAGAGCAUCGACGGCACAAUGGAGUAUUUCACCAACUUCUGUUACACUCUCCCCGAGCAACGACGUCCCGAGAAGUGCGACACGGACACCUGCAUCCGCAAGUGCUGUAAGCCUGGCGAAAUCAUGAGCGUGGACCACUACCGCUGCCUGCCGUAUGCAAAGAGCAACUUCGAGCCUCCCGUUUCGGAGAGCCUCGACAAAUACGAAGUCGUGUACGGCCGGCCGCCCUGUGCCAUACAUGUCGUGGAGGUCAACAACACCAUAAUUGACUCAAAGGGCAACUGGGUCAUUGGCGAAGAUUCCCUGUCGCCCAACGAGUACUGUAUGGACACAUUCGCCUCCCAGGGAACCCAGACCAUGAGGGCCCUCAUAUGCUGGGGUGGUUACGAGGUCAGCGCCUGGAUGAAGGCCCGCAUGAUCAUCUUCCCCGUGUGUCACGUGAUCUCCCUCGUCUUCCUGGCCAUCACGGUGGGAUUCUACCUCCUGGCGCCUGUUCUGAUGAAGCAGGGAGGGUGGCACCAGCUGGCUUAUGUGCUGUCUCUUAUGCUGGCCUACGCGUCUACAUUCAGCCUCAAUAUAUACCACACCAGACUCACUCCUGGAGGAUGUGUGGGAGUAGCCCUCAUCAUGCAGUUCGGCUUCCUGUCCACAUUCUUCUGGCUGAGUGUCAUGUGCUUUGACAUCGAAAACAAGAUAAGGAGUCUCAAGGAGUUCAGAGCCUAUGUACCAUUGCAUCCCAUGGCCUACGUUGCUUUCGGAUUUGGUGGACCAGUCCUUAUAGGGCUGGUCACGUUGAUAAUCCACGCGACGGUACCCAUUGGUACACCAGGCGUCGUCGUACCUGCCAUUGGCAUAUCUAGGUGUUGGUUCCAUGGUGACAUGGAACUGUUUGUGUAUUUCUACGGCCCCAUCGCCGCCCUCUUCCUGUGCAACAUAGCCCUCAUCAUCUCCACAACAUACAACUACAUGCAAAUCGAGCAGGGGGCCCUGGGGCUGGCCAUGAAGGCCAAGAACGAGACCCCCCAGGGGUCCCAGCCCCCCAUCGAAUACGACAGACAGAAGCAGACGAGGAAGAACUUUGCUGAAUUCAAGCACAAAUUCCUGCUUCUGUCUCUGAUGUGCUUCAGCUGGAUUACAGAGGUCCUUUCAUGGAAGAUCCCGCCAGCAGAGAUCUGGGCUCUGACGGACAUCCUGAACAGCCUACAAGGCCUGUUCAUCUUUUUCAUCUUCCUGACGAACAGGAGAAACCUCAAGGUCCUGAAGGCCCGUCACCCGCGCCUCUACUCCGUCUUCAGGCCCGUCAAGAACGUCUUCAGGAAACUCAGGGGCGUCCUCAGGAAGGGAGGCAAGAGCGGCAACCAGGACGACUGCACAGGACUGGACAAGGAGCUGUCCAUAUCCUCGGAGUUCUCGGAGCUGUCGGAGAACAUCAAGCCUUCGGAUCCCACGGCGACUUGAAACAAGUAGAUUAUGGAUCAGCGCGGCGAAAUGCUCUUACUCGAAGUUUGCAAUUUUCUUUUUUUUUGAGCAAAUAAAACGCUUGCUUCUUAUGAUUUUUCUAAAAAUGGGACGGACUUAAGAAUUGGCAAGCAAGGGGCCAGAGGGAGAGAGAGAAGACGCUUUGAACGAGUCAUUUCUAUAAUCUUAAAACUGUUGUAUCUCGAAACAGAGAUGUCAAACUUUGCAUUGUCAAAUCUUGGGUCUGAUUCUGGACGUUCCUGCAGAUCGAGAGGAAACAUUGGCAAGAAAUGAAAAGCACAGAUUACAAAAGUAAUACAGAUUACAAAUGCCAUUAAUCCUCUUGGUGUUCCCCCAAUUGGCUUUCCAUAUCAGUGACGGUCCUGGAUAGUGAGAAGUGGACCACGCAAUACCCAAAUGCUAUAAUAUAGUGUUGAUGACGUGCCAUCGGAAAUUGUGAAAAAUAAGGACAUCAAAGUUUAUGAGGAAAGAUUAUACAGUGCGUCACCGGCUUACGGCGGAUUCGAUCUUACUCUGUUUUACAGCACUGUAACUUGCCGUUGCGUCAAGUUACGGUGCUAACGGCAAGAAUAGGCAUCAAGUUAAUGGCUCUUACGGUGCUGUAACUUGAUGCGACAUCAAGUUAUGGCGGCCUUAAAGGCGAAACACAGACUUACGGCAGAAAUCAACUUAUGGCGCGGUGCCGGAACGGAUCCAAUGCCGUAAGUCGAGGACCUACUGUACAUAUAUAUAUGACAUUACAAAAUUUCAGUUCGUUUAUUUUCUAUUUAACGACAUUACCCGAUUUCCAGAGCAGAAUCACCAAUAAUAAUUAAUCCAGUCGAAUCAGAAUUGACAUUUGAAACUUCCCACAUAUAAAUGGUGACCAUGGAAAAACAGAUGCAAACGAAAAUGAACCCCCCAAAAAAAUAUAUAUAUAUUUUUUAAAGUGAUAUGAGGUCUUCGGUGAUAUACUUAUGAAAUGUAAAUUUGGCAAAUGCACAAACUUCUGUAACUUAUUAUGCGUUCGACUUUGUAUUUUUACUUAAUAGAUUUAUAUUGAGGGCUUUGCUGACAUAGACACGCGUGGUGUGUUUGUGUGUGUGUGUGUGUGUCUGUGUGUGUAUGUGAGUGUGUGUGUGUGCUGAUUGUUUGACUGACUUCUAAAAAUCAGCCAGCGUCCCAACGAUGAUGUCAUCCACCCCUAAUGUGUAUGUAUACUUGUACAUGUGUAGUAUGUUCAUAUCCGCACGAAAUUCCCUUUAUGAGGUUACAAGGGGCCUGUCAGAUACAUCAGUCAUCCUGUAUUAGUUCAUGCUUAUAUUUAUAGCUUUUGUUAAUUGUUAUCAUAUGUGAAAUAAAUAUAUAUGGACAAAAAGCUGC